AUGGGAGGGUAUGAGCCAGAAAAACAAGUAUGCAAGAUUCAUCCGUAUAAUGAUCAGAAACAAGGGGUUUGUGCAUCAUGUUUAAGAGAGAGAUUAAAGCAACUAAUCUAUGUUAACACUUCACAAGCUGCAAUCAUGGCACCUGCUUCAUGUUCUUCUUCUCCUGAUGAUCCUUACUCCCCUGCUUCCUCUCGCCGCCGCCAUAACCGGAACAUUUCGGAUAAUAAUAAUAAUAGUAUGGGUUCAAUAUCCUUCAGGGUAAGUAUUGGUGAUCGGUUAAAGAAGAGUAGAUCGCUUGCUUUUGUGUCAAGAAACCAUGUUGGAGAGGUCAAGAAUGGGAAGAAGAAUAAUAAUGGGUUUUGGACGAAGUUGCUUCAUUUGAAGGGAAAGAAGGAUCAGGUUUUGAUGCGUUCUGGUGUCUCUAUGAGUGAAAGGUUGUAUAAUUGA